AUGGAAAAAGACGAUAGUCACGGCAAGGCCAUGAACGUUGAGGAUGCUGUCAGCAUCAGUGCCGGUGUCCUUCUAUACGACGAUGAUGGAAAUGUGCGAAAUCUACCGGUUCCAUCAUGCGACCCAAACGAUCCUCUCAACUUUGGGAUCUGGCGACAGCGUCUCGUUCUCUUAGCCGUCUGCAUGUAUGGGAUCGCUGGUUUCGGUGUUAUUCAGUCUACUCCGCUCUUUUUGGGGAAUCUCAUUGCUGAAUAUAUGAAGGAGACGCGUGGUACAUUCCACCCUGACCGUAUUGCAGACCUUGCUAGCUAUCAUUCUCUCUGUAUGGGCUUGGGAAACUUCUUCUUCGUUCCCUUGUCCAUGGCACUCGGUCGUCGUUUCGCCUUCAUUCUGAGCAACGUUAUCUUUGUGGCAUCUAUCAUCUGGGCUGCCAAGUCCCAGUCUUUUGAGUCUCAUCUUGGAGCGCGCUGUUUACAGGGACUCACUGCAGGUAUCUCAGACUGUCUGCUACCGAUUAUAGUCCUCGACAUGUCAUUCCUCUAUAAGCGAAGCGCCCGGCUCAUUGCCUACUGGGCAUUAACCGCCAUCGGAUCGUCUAUACUACUGGUUCCCAUCCCUUUUAUCUUCGAGAACGCAAGCGGCAAUUGGAGGCUUAACUAUUGGUUCUGGUUAGCCUUUGCAGUAUUUGCCAUGACACUCAUCAUCUUUUGUGUCCCCGAGACUCUUUUCAACCGUCGCGCUGUAGAGCUUAGCGGAAGAAUUCACGCAACGGACGCCUAUGGUACUCAUCGAACCUUUGCUUCGCCGCAAGCCGCCCGCGACGCUGGCUUCGACAUUGACGAUGCUCAGUCAGAGAAUCCCACAGAACUCUCGUAUAAGCGUCAGUUCGCGCUUUUCACAGUCCAACCAUCGCCUGUUGCCCGGUUCUUUGGCGCAUACAAAGACAUGUUUCUUUGUAUCCUUGUGCCAGGUACUCUUUGGGUCCUCCUCUUCAACAGCAUGGUAUUUGGUGGUCUUGUUGUCCUCAGUUUGACCUAUGCACAGCGCCUUGAAAUGCCACCUUGGAAUUUCUCCCCAGAAACAGUUGGAACAGUGCAAAUUGGAGCAGCCAUCGGGGCACUGUUUGGUCUGGGCUAUGGAGAGUUAGCGGAGCCAAUCAGUCGCUACUUGACCAAGAGAAAUGGCGGCGUUCGAGAGCCUGAACAUGUGCUUCCCAACUUCAUUCUUCCAGCUAUUUUUUGCUUUCUUGGUAUCAUCAUCUACGGUGUUGUGGCUGCAGACCCAGCGCGUUAUAGUUGGGUAGGCAUGCACGCUGCUUUUGCUUUGUUCUACUUUGGCUUCUGUGCUAUCUCGGCUGUGACGGGAGUUUGGCUUGGAGAAUUGCUGCCUCAUAUGUCGGGGCCUGCGAUCGUGCUGACUUGUGGAGGAAGAAAUGUCAUUUCUUUUGGGUACAGCCAUUCUUUCAAUUCAUGGAUCAGCGCAGUGGGAAUCAGGGAUACGUAUGUUUUAUUCGGAGGUAUCCUUUUUGCAUUGGGGUCUCUCGCUGUUCCGUUGUACUUUCUCAACGGGCGGGUUCGUCGGGCAAUGGAGAAGAUGUCCCUUUUCGGCACUUGUUAA